AUGGAUCCCGCCCGCGGCGGCGAUGCACGAGACACCAUUUCGGCUGGGCGGCUCGUCGUGGGCGUGGCACGGGGUUACGGCAGCAGGAAGGAUUACAUUAGGCGGCCCAGGGGGCGGCGACGGCGGCGGCGGCGAAGACAGCGGCGGCGGCGGCGGCGGCGGCGGGGCGAGCAGGUAUGCGGUACCGUACGGCUCGGCCUGCAUUCGGUCAGCGGGGCGCGCGCUCCCGCAGUCCCAGCAGCCUCAGCAGCAGUAGCAGCAGCAGCAGCAGCAGCGACUUGGACGAAACGCCAGAGGACGCCAUGCGACUGCACUCGCCAAGCAACACGCGCGACCGACGCCUCGGAAAGGCAAUACCCGAGCACCCGCGGCCGCACCCGAGCGGCCACGAACAGCACCCGGGAAGUCUUCUCCGACACGAUCCACUCCGCUGAGCCGCACCGGCUGCCCGACGCCUUCCUCCGACGUCCUCACAGGCGGGCCACAUUUAUGGAACCCGAUGUGCCUAGAGCGCCAAAUGUUCGGGGCGCCGAAUGUUCGGGGCGCCGAAUGUUCGGGGCGCCAAAUGAUCAGACCUACGCAGCUGAGCGCCCUCUCGCUGCCCUGCAGGCGGCGCUAAGAGGCCGCGCGCGCCGAGUCCCGUUGCGAACGCCCACUGUGGGCGGGCGAGGACGAGGUGGAGGCGGCGGUGAUGUGCAGCGAAGGAAGGAUGAUGAGGCGGCAGAGGCGGAGGAGGAGGCGGCAGAGGCGGUGGAGGAGGCGGAGGUGGAAAAGACGUUGGAGGAGGCGGCGGAGGCCGUAAAUGAGGCGGAGGAGACGGCUGAGGCGGUGGAAAACACGUUGGGGGCACAGGGACAAUCUCUAAGCUCCCGAGGUCUUCCUAAAAGAGAAAAGGCCGCGAAAAAUCGCGCGCGGUGCAUGGCCCGUUCUUUUCGGCACUGUUCCGGCAUUCUCCUGCUACUGACGAGAGAGACCACGAAUCAGCAAUUCCCUUCCAGGCGGCGGCUGAAGCUAUUAUCGACAAUCCGCCAUCGACGGAUGUCCUCUCUAUCAGAGCUAUUAAAGAGCCUGCGGCAAUGUCGGCUCCGAGCUAAACUCCGCCGGUGGGGGCGCGGGGAAACGCAAACACGCGCGCGGCGCAGUGUCCCGCGUCCGUUUUGCGUCGCGCGUUUGUCCAAGACGACGCGCGGGGACAGGGAAGAGGAGGCGACAACGCGGCUGUGCGUGGAGUGGCGAUGCGUGGCGCUGCGCUGCCUUCAACGCGCUGGACAGGAGUCAAUGACACUUCUGAAUCGGCCUUUCUGGUUGGGUUUGUGUGUGUGUGUGUGUGUGUGUGUUCACUGA